CAUAAACUCGCUGCUCUUGUUUAGCUUUUUCAAACCAUCAUUCUUCCCUCUGUAAUUGAGUUUACUCGAUACUAGAUUCAACAUGUCUGGUCUUGCCGCUUUUCGAUCUGGGAGCAGUGAUGAGCUCCGUGACCUAGCGGAGCAGCACUUUCAGCAUGACUUGAAUGACGAUGAUCGCGAAAUCUUGAGACGCGCCGGGAGUAAAGUGUCAACCCACGCCAAAAUCGGAUCGCUGCUCGGUAUUGGGCUAGGCGUCUUGGCUGCUUUUCGACUGCGCAAGAUGCGAUUGACGUACUUCAAUGCGUUCAGAGCUAUGGAGAAGCCCGUUGAGGUCAGGUUUGCAGAUGGUCGUACCGAGCCUAUCCCGGAUAUCACAGCUCACCUUACACCAUCCAAGUGGGGUGACGCAGCCACGUACUUCUUCUUCUCUGUGGGAGGUUUAUUCAUCGGUGGUGAAGCAGGUCUUUUGUCCGGCACCGCAUCGGCGUCACGCACCAUCACCAAGAACCCUGAGGCGAGGGAGCGAAUAGAAAAGGCAUGGAACAACUACCGCAUUGAUGCGAUGAAGCAGGAGAUUAGAAAGUUGGAGGGCAAGGAGGGCAAGUCAAAGCUUGCGCAGCUCUUCAGUUCAUGAGAAUGGAUGAAUGAUUCAGGCACUAUGUAAUAUUGUCAUCGGGCAUGUUGGGGUUUGGGAUAUUGUUGAAAGUGUUGGAUAUACAACCAAAUGAGUACAACUGAGGACUACAGAUUUAAAAGAUAGUGGUGAAAGGGGUAAUAAUAUAGUUAGUUUCUUGAUAAAGAUAAAUCUGCGGGUUAUUGAAGUUUCCGAGACAUCCGAGGCGGAAAACUGAGAAUCAUGGACCCAAAUGUAUAUAUGGGAUCCAGUGUAAUGGAGCAUUCCCCACACCGGGAAUACCUUGUUCAUCAU